UGAAGAAUUAUAAAAUUAUUAUUAAUGAUGGUUCCGUUUGAAAUUUCCAAAUAACGCCCCUGUAGCUACUCCCUUUGCCUGCUCUUUAAGUACUCUGCUCUUCCUCUCCUCUGCCACUCACAUCUCCAUUAACACUCUCUCUCCUUCUCUUUUUCUCAGAGCAGAAUAGGAGUGGGUUUUUAGUGAGGGUUUGGUAGUCAAGAGAGAGAAAAAAAAAUGGCAGCGGGUAGUGUAAUUUCCAUUGCAACUGUAGUAAUGUCUCUAAUAUGGAUGGCUGAAGCUAGAAUUCCUGGCGUUUAUACUGGUGGUGAUUGGCAAAAUGCUCAUGCUACUUUCUAUGGUGGUGCUGAUGCCUCUGGAACCAUGGGCGGGGCUUGUGGGUAUGGCAACCUGUACAGCCAAGGCUAUGGGGUGAACACUGCAGCGUUAAGCACAGCUCUGUUCAACAAUGGUCUGAGUUGCGGUGCUUGCUUUGAAAUCAAGUGUGCAAACGAUCCAAAUUGGUGCCACUCAGGCAGCCCUUCCAUUUUGAUUACCGCAACAAACUUUUGCCCACCAAAUUAUGCUCUUCCCAAUGACAAUGGUGGGUGGUGCAAUCCUCCUCGCCCACACUUCGACCUUGCCAUGCCCAUGUUCCUCAAAAUCGCCGAGUACCGUGCCGGCAUUGUCCCCGUAGCCUACCGCCGGGUGCCAUGCCGGAAGGGAGGCGGAAUCCGGUUCACCAUCAACGGUUUCCGUUACUUCAAUUUGGUAUUGAUCUCCAACGUUGCGGGUGCAGGGGAUAUCGUAAAGGUUAGCGUGAAGGGUUCGAGGACUGGGUGGAUGAGCAUGAGUCGUAACUGGGGUCAAAAUUGGCAGUCAAAUGCUGUUUUGGUUGGUCAGUCACUUUCCUUUAGGGUCACGGGCAGUGAUAGACGCACUUCCACUUCAUGGAACAUUGUCCCUGCCAACUGGCAGUUUGGUCAAACGUUCACCGGAAAGAAUUUCAGAGUCUGAUUUAAUUUAAUUUUAACCAAAUCCCCCCCCCCCCCCCCCCCAAAAAAAAAUAAAGUUUGUCGCCGUAAUCUAUAUCCAUUCUUGCCCUUCUUGCUUCCCUUUUUAAAGCUUAUUUUGAAAUGGGAAAUUGGGUAUUGUUGGGAGAGAGCUAAAAAGAGUGAAAAUGGGUUAUUUUUGAGGUUUUGAAUGGUGGGUAUGUUAAAGUUGUGAAGUUGGUUGAAGUUGAUGAGGCUGAGGCUGAAGUGGCUAAACAAAAAUUGUUAGCCCGCAGCCCUUAUAAAAUAGUACUAGUCCUUUUCUUUUUUCUUAUAUAUAUAGUUUAUGAAGAUGUUGAAGAUGAUGAUGGGUACACAUUUGUAUUUGUCCUAAUUUAUAGUUGAUGUAAGAUAUUUGGUUUGCCUUCUA